AGUGCAGGAGUCGUUGCAACCUUGUGCACUUCCGCUGCAGGAGGGCGAGGCAGCCGUCAUCAAUCCCCUCUGGGAGUUCUGCCUUCGCAGGACCCUGCCCUUCCCUGGAAGGAGCAGGAGAAAAUGACCAAGUUUCGGGGGAUGGUGACAUUCAAGGAUGUGGCUGUGGUCUUCACCAGGGAGGAGUUGGGGUUGCUGGACCUUGCCCAGAGAAAGCUGUACCAAGAUGUGAUGCUGGAGAACUUCAGGAACUUGCUGUCAGUGGGCUAUCACCCCUUCAAACUAGAUGUGAUACUACAGUUGGGAAGAGAAGACAAGCUUUGGCUGAUGGAGACAGAAAUCCAAAGAGAUGGCUGUUCAGGACACAGGAAUCAAAAUGAGAUAGAUAUCCUUCAAGAAGUAAGAUUAAGAUUCCUUUCAUAUGAAGAACUUAUAUGCUGGCAAAUAUGGGAACAAUUUACAAGUAAAUUAACCAGUAAUCAAGACUUCAUAAUAAAUCUUCAAGGCCAGAGGUCCAAGUUGCUAAAACAAGGUGAUCCCCCCUGUCAGGUAUGGACAGGAGAUAUUCAGGUCUCUGAAGAUGAGAACUAUACAAUAAAGGGGCAAGGGGAGAGUUCAAAUAGCAUCAAAAAUCAAGAGCUUCCAAUGAGGACCACCUGGGAUUUCUGGAGGAAAAUGUAUCUGAGAGAACCACAGAAUUAUCAGAGUAGGUGUCAGCAAAUUGAUGUAAAAAAUAAUCUCUGUAAAUGUGACCAUUGUGUUACGCAAAGGAUUGCUCAUCAACAUGAUGGUCAUGGAGUAAACAAAAGAGAGAAAGCUUUUAGCCACAAUAAUUGUGGAAAAGACUGUGUGAAGGAAUCAUCCCAACAUAGCAUAAUCCAAUCAGGAAAGCAAACCUCUAAUGAGAAUGGAAAAGGCUUCAGUGUUAGCUCUAAUCUUGAACUUCACCAGCAACUACACUUAGAAGACAAGCCUCAGGUAAGUAUCGAGUAUGGGAAGGGCAUAGGUUACAUCUCAAGGCUUCCCAGGCAUCAAUGUGUCCACAUAGGAGAGAAAUGCUAUCAGAAUGGUGACAGUGGUGAGGGCUUCAGUCAGGGCUCACAUGUGCAACCUCAUCAGAGAGUCAGCACAGGAGAGAACCUCCACAGAUGUCAGGUAUGUGCCCAGAGCUUCAACCAGAACUCCUGUCUUCCCUCUCAUGAGCUUACUCACCCGGGAGAGAAGUUGUGUACAUGUGGCACGUGUGGGAAGGGCUUCCAUCAUAGCUUAGAUUUUGACAUUCACUGUAUAGAUAGUGCUGGAGAGAGAGCCUGUAAAUGUAAAUGUGAUGUAUAUGAUAAAGGCUUCAGUCAGACAUCACAACUUCAAGCCCAUCAGAGAGGUCACUCUAGAGAGAAGACAUACAAAUGGGAAGUAAGUGACAGGAUAUCUAAUAGGAAUUCUGGUCUUCAUCAGAGAGUUCACACUGGAGAGAAACCAUAUACAUGUGAGGUAUGUGAUAAGGGCUUCAGUAAGGCCUCAAAUCUUCAAGCCCAUCAGAGAAUCCACACUGGAGAGAAACCCUACAAAUGUGAUGUGUGUGAUAAGAACUUCAGCCGUAAUUCCCACCUUCAGGCCCAUCAGAGAGUCCAUACAGGAGAGAAACCCUACAAAUGUGACACAUGUGGGAAGGACUUCAGUCAGAUCUCUCACCUUCAGGCCCAUCAGAGAGUUCACACAGGAGAGAAGCCAUACAAAUGUGAGACAUGUGGGAAGGGCUUUAGUCAGAGUUCGCAUCUCCAGGACCAUCAGCAAGUCCAUACUAGAGAGAAACCCUACAAAUGUGAUGUGUGUGGGAAAGGCUUCAGUUGGAGUUCACAUCUUCAAGCCCAUCAGAGAGUCCACACAGGAGAGAAACCAUACAAAUGUGAAGAAUGUGGGAAAGGCUUCAUCUGGAACUCAUAUCUUCACGUUCAUCAGAGGAUCCACACGGGAGAGAAACCCUAUAAAUGUGGCAUGUGUGGUAAGAGCUUCAGUCAGACCUCACAUCUUCAAGCCCAUCAGAGAGUCCAUACUAGAGAGAAACCAUACAAAUGUUUUGUGUGUGGUAAGGGCUUUAGUAAGAGUUUGUCUUCAGAUUCAUCAGAGAGUCCAUGAUGGUGAUAAAUCCAUUAAUCAUGAUGAGUGUGAUAGAGGUGCUCUUCAAGACUUAGACUUCUCAUUUUCCUAGAAAAUCCGCACAGCAGAGAACAUUUAUAAAAUGUCAUGUUUUAAGAAUUCACGAGUGAGCUGAGUUUUUAUAGUCAUCUGAAUUCCAUUGAAGAAAACCUAUUUUUUGUAUGAAUAUGACCAGUUUCAAGCAGAGCUCAAAAUGUCACAGUUGUCAAGAGAACACAAAACAGAGAAACCCUAUAAAGAAUGAUACAAUACAUUUCAAUCAGAACCUUCACAUUCAAUAAGCAAUAUGCAGGAGUGAAGACUUCAAAAUGAUAAGGUCAGAACUUUAGCAAAAGUAUAAUGAGGGACAUGAUAAAAUCUGUGUCCACUAGAAUCUAAGCUCCAUGCAGGAACAUUGUUUGCUGCUGUAUGAUCAUGACCUUGAACCAGUACCUAACAAGUAGUGGCUUCCCUGGAAUUGUUUAAUUUGAUAGGAAAAAUCUAUCAUAUAUAGGACAUAUAUUUGAACAUUUUAGUGAGCUCAGCCCCAAUUCGUCAUUAUAAUUGUACUGGGAAAAGGAUUCUUGCAAGAAGCCUUAAAAUAAAUUCAAGGAAAUGACAUUUAAUUAAAACACAGAAAACCA